UACUCUAUCACUCUGACGCUGCGAACGUCAGUCGAGUUUGUUGCUAGGCGACUAGUUUCGUCUGCAAGACUUCACAGCUGAUGACAACUGUCAUAAUAAACGCCCUUCAAGUUGGAUCUCUGAAAAUAUCGAAGCUCUGCUGUUUAUCGUCAUCGUCUUCUGCUGCUUGAAAAAGUUAGAUUUUUCUUGAGUUUUGCCGAUUGGAACUCCUAUUUUCUCUGCAUCUCAGUGUUGAAAUGACGGACUCAAAAUAUUUCACAACCACCAAAAAAGGUGAAAUUUUCGAGUUGAAAUCGGAGUUGAAUAGCGAGAAGAAAGAAAAAAAGCGAGAAGCAGUAAAAAAGGUUAUUGCAUCAAUGACUGUUGGAAAAGAUGUAUCAGCUCUUUUUCCUGAUGUUGUAAACUGCAUGCAAACUGACAACUUGGAACUGAAAAAGUUGGUGUAUUUGUACUUGAUGAACUAUGCAAAAAGUCAACCAGACAUGGCAAUCAUGGCAGUCAACACUUUUGUAAAGGAUUGUGAAGACCCCAACCCUCUUAUUCGAGCUCUAGCAGUGCGAACAAUGGGCUGCAUCAGAGUGGACAAGAUUACUGAAUACUUGUGUGAACCAUUAAGAAAAUGCUUGAAGGAUGAGGAUCCCUAUGUCAGGAAAACUGCUGCAGUCUGUGUGGCCAAAUUGCAUGACAUCAAUGCUAGUCUGGUUGAAGACCAAGGAUUCCUUGAUCAACUAAAAGAACUUUUGAGUGACUCUAAUCCAAUGGUGGUUGCCAAUGCUGUUGCAGCUUUGUCUGAAAUAAAUGAAGCUUCCAGUAGUGGUGUUCCACUUGUGGAAAUGAAUACUCAGACUAUUAAUAAGCUAUUGACAGCUCUUAAUGAAUGCACAGAAUGGGGCCAAGUUUUCAUCUUAGAUUCUAUUUCUAACUACAGUCCUAAAGAUGAACGAGAAGCCCAGAGUAUCUGCGAGCGAAUUACUCCUCGUUUAGCGCAUGCUAAUGCUGCCGUUGUUUUAAGUGCUGUAAAAGUGUUGAUGAAACUGAUGGAAAUGAUGGCACCUGAUGCAGACUUUGUGGUUAAUUUGAGCAAAAAAUUGGCUCCUCCACUUGUCACACUCUUGUCGUCUGAGCCGGAAGUUCAAUAUGUUGCAUUGCGGAACAUAAACCUAAUCGUUCAAAAGCGACCAGAUAUUCUCAAAAAUGAGAUGAAGGUUUUCUUUGUCAAGUACAACGACCCGAUUUACGUCAAGUUGGAGAAAUUGGACAUCAUGAUCCGUCUCGCCAAUCAAUCCAACAUCGCACAGGUGCUGUCAGAGCUUAAGGAAUACGCCACAGAAGUAGAUGUCGAUUUCGUUCGUAAAGCUGUGCGGGCUAUCGGCCGAUGUGCUAUUAAAGUCGAACCAUCGGCUGAGAGAUGCGUUAGCACAUUGCUUGAUUUAAUUCAAACUAAAGUGAAUUAUGUUGUGCAAGAGGCUAUCGUCGUAAUUAAAGAUAUUUUCCGUAAAUAUCCCAACCGCUAUGAGAGCAUCAUUUCCACCUUGUGCGAGAAUCUCGACACACUGGACGAGCCUGAAGCCCGAGGCUCUAUGAUUUGGAUUAUUGGAGAAUACGCCGAACGUAUUGACAAUGCUGAUGAGCUUCUCGAAAGCUUUCUUGAAGGGUUUCAGGAUGAGAGUACCCAAGUCCAGUUGCAGCUGCUAACCGCCAUUGUCAAGUUAUUCCUCAAGCGCCCUGCUGACACACAGGAAUUGGUCCAGCAGGUGCUGACGCUUGCCACACAGGACUCGGAUAACCCAGAUUUACGUGAUCGCGGUUUCAUUUACUGGCGUCUGUUGUCAACUGAUCCGGCUGCAGCACGAGAGGUGGUACUGGCAGACAAGCCACUCAUUUCCGAAGAGACGGACUUAUUGGAACCGUCAUUACUUGAUGAGCUUGUCUGUCACAUUGCUUCACUGGCCUCAGUCUAUCACAAACCACCUUCCGCUUUCGUCGAAGGGCGUGGUUUGGGCUCUUCUCGUCGUGCUUUGCCUACUCGCUCUGGAUCACAAGAUAUUUUAGAGUCUAGUCCAUCGCAUGGAGAGCGUUCCGGAGUUAUUCCUACUCAAGAGUCAUUGAUUGGCGAUCUUCUAACGAUGGACCUUGGUGGACCACCAGUAGCAUCUUCAGUUCCCGCAGCUCCAUUCGCUUCAUCUGGGCUGGAUUUGUUAAGCGGAGGCUUGGAUGGAUUGCUUAGCGAUAGUCCAUCAGUGCCACCGCAACAAGCCGCAGUAACAGCAGCACCUUCUGUUGGUCUCCUCGGAGACAUUUUUGGGCUUGCACCUUCCGCAUCAGCAUCGUACAUCGCUCCGAAGCAGAUGUGGUUGCCAGCUGCUCGUGGUAAAGGCCUAGAAAUUACGGGCACUUUCUCUCGUCGCAACGGACAGAUUCAAAUGGAAAUGACGAUGACAAAUAGAGCUAUGCAACCAAUGAUUCAGUUCGCUGUUCAACUUAACAAGAAUAGUUUCGGCUUGGUUCCUGCCGCUCCACUACAUGUAGUGUCACCGUUGGCACCCAACCAGUCUUAUGAAGCUGUGUUGCUUCUUAAUCCGACGGGCCCUGUCCAAAGAAUGGAACCUCUCACCAACCUUCAAGUGGCCAUCAAGAACAAUAUCGACGUCUUCUACUUUGCAGUUGUUAUGCCGAUGAACGUCUUCUUUGCCGAGGAUGGGCAAAUGGACAAACGUGUCUUUUUGUCCACAUGGAAGGAUAUCCCUGCUGCCAAUGAAGUCCAGUACACUAUCAACAACGUGAAUCUUAGUGCCGAUGCCGUAUCAUCCAAAAUGCAGCAGAAUAAUGUUUUUACUAUCGCAAAGCGUAACGUUGAAGGUCAAGAUAUGUUGUACCAAUCACUUAAAUUAGUUAACGGUAUCUGGAUCCUUUCCGAGCUGAAGAUGCAGCCCGGCAAUCCGACACUCAUCCUGGCAGUCAAAACUAGAGCGCCAGACGUUUCUACGGGCGUCAAUACUGCGUUUGAUGCUAUCCUUCACAGUUAAUUGUUUUCUUUUACUAUAUUUUUCUCACUCUCAUUAUUAUUGUCUCCAUGAACCAGUGUAGAGAGGUUUCAAUUUUGAAUGUCAGUUGAGCUUAGCUUUAACUGUUUUUUCAUCUUCACCCAACAUUCCUUCUGUGCUUUUCUCUCCUGUACUUUCCUUCUUUUAGCUGUUAAUGUUGGAUGGAGCGUAAUAUUUCUGUUUUGUGUCUACUUGGCAUAUACAUUGUGUUAUCGAAA